AUGAGAUCCAACUCUAUUCUUGCACUAUCAGUGCUCUUUUUUGCUGCUACUAAAGCAUGGGAUAAUACUCCACCCAUUCCAGAAAGAGUAGAAGGCCUUGGUGAGGGCUCUGGAAAUCUGAGAAUCGAUUUUGAAGUACAUUACGAUUUAAUGUGCUCAGCUUCAGCUGCUCUCUACCCAGAUUUCGCAACAUUCUUGGAUACCCCCUUCCUCAAUGGCAAAGUAAGAGAUGCUGUGACUGUCAGAUAUGUGUUCUAGCCAUUAACAUAUCACCAUGCUACCUGGAUUCCACACAAACUUCUUCCAUUCAUCGUUGACCAAUGUGUUGCCAACUCAACUUCUUGUUAAUACAUCAACUACAUGAACUUCUGUUUCAAUAAUUAGGAUGAUAUCCUUGGCUCUACUGAUAAAAGUUUCAACUAAAUUGUUCAAAACUGGACUGCAAAGGUAGCUAAGCAAUUCGGAUGGAAUCAAAAGGACUUGACUGAUCUUUUUGACUAUGAUACCGACACUCACAACUCUGAGAUGAGAACCAGAUAUAUGUGGAAAUACUCUACCUCAAGAGGUGUCACUAGCACUCCUUCAACCUUUGUUAACGGCAUCAUGGUUCAAAACUUCCCAGGCUCUCCAGAUGAGUGGAUGCAAUUAUUGAAAGACACCUAUGCUGGUCAACAAAAUGGAGCUUCAUUUGCAUCUCAUCAAUUCCUUCAGUGA